GUUUGAAUUUCCCAGAACUCCGUUUUUAGAUUUACUUGAUAAUUACUUAAUAUUUGUGAUUUUAAAAGAACAAUUGCGAGAUCGCGUUAACAAUGACAUCGCUUUUAAAGACGAUUAAUGGAUUUCAACUUUUUCACAAAUGCUUGAAACAAAGUAUUAAUAUAUCUGUUCCAAAACGAGAAAAAUAUAUACCUAAACCUAGAUAUCGUCAUCCAGAAUGGCUUCCAAAACCACUACGUGUUUUGUAUGAUGAACAGCUAACAAAAGAUAAUAAGCAGUUUCUUGAUGAAGUAGUUCAAGACAAAUACCCAUCCACUAUCGGAUUUGAAACAAAACUUUCUCCUUUGAAAAUAGAUCUAAUUGAACCUACUAUACAGUGGAAGCAAGGUAUGAAACGUACUGGUUUAAUCGCCAAGAAAAUAGGAGUAUAUCCAUUAUGGUUAAAAAAUGGAAAAAGAGUUAGUUCGACAUUACUUCAGGUUGUUGACAAUGAAAUAGUAAAAUACAUACCACCAGAACAAUUUUUUCCAGUAAAAAGUAAAAAACCUGCAAUACAAAUAAAAAACAGACGCGGAUGUCUUGUAGUAGGAGCAGAAAAUAUAGAUCCGCAAUUAAUUACUAAAGAAUAUUAUAAUAUUUUUAAUAAUACUGGAGUUACGCCAAAACGUGUAUUAAGAAGAUUUAUAGUAUCUCCAGAAGCAGCGUUGCAACCAGGAACUCGUUUAUUUGCUACACAUUUUAAACCAGGAGAAAUUGUCGAUAUUCGCGGAAAAACGAUUGAUCGUGGGUUCCAAGGUGUCAUGAAACGAUGGGGCUUUAAAGGGAUGUCUGCCAGUCAUGGCCAAACCAAAACUCACAGAAGACCUGGAAACAUCGGGUCGGGUGGCCAGAAAGCCCGAGUUGUGCCUGGCACUAAAAUGCCAGGACACAUGGGUAAUAGAUGGCGUAUUAUUAGAGGUGUUCAGAUUUUACGAAUAAAUACCAAGUAUAAUGUGAUUUGGGUUCUGGGACACAAUAUACCUGGAGAAAUUAAUACUUAUUGUUAUAUAUAUGAUACAUUGCUUCCUCUGAGGCAAUCUACAACAGCGCCAAAUUUCCCUACGUAUUUACCAAGUAUCACAGAGGAGUCGCUUCCAGAGGAAUUGUAUGCAGAUAAUGUACAUUCAUUUACAGAUCCCACGAUAGAAUUUAAAGAAGAAUCUUAAUUUUAUAUAUAUCUGUAUGACAUUAAAUUAAAAAAUGUAUAAUUGUAAAAUCAUUUACAAAGUUUACAUGCUUUUUUUCAAACAAUAAAUGCUAAUAAAUCAAAAUAAAAUCAUCGAAUGAUGGUCGAAGUUGUACCGAA